AUGCAGUGCUAUACAGAGCUGCUGCCCCCAUCGGGGGUGACCCAUGCGGUGGCAGUCCCAUUCCUAUCUGCCACCGCUAAGAAUCUGAUCGUCAUUCGGUCCUCUCUGUUACAGGUGUUUUCUUUGCUCUCAUCACCUUCACGGCUGACAGACAAUGUGGAGAACCACCCAACAUCAGCAACAACAACAACGACUCCUCCUUCUCAAUCGACGGGAGCCAAGCUCGUUUUGGAAAAAGAAUAUCCGCUGCCAGGGACGGUGACAGAUCUGAGUAGAGUGAAGAUCCUCGACUCCAAGAGCGGUGGCGACGCGAUUCUGCUUGCCGUCCGUAACGCGAAGCUGAGCUUGAUUGAAUGGGAUCCCGAGCGUCAUGGCAUCUCCACCAUCUCAAUUCACUACUAUGAACGGGAUGACUUGACUCGAAGUCCCUGGGUACCUGACUUGAGCAGCUGUGGUAGCGCCCUCAGUGUGGACCCCAGUAGUCGAUGCGCAGUGUUCAAUUUUGGCAUUCGAAAUCUGGCAAUCUUGCCAUUCCACCAGGCCGGAGAUGAUCUAGUGAUGGAUGACUAUGACUCCGAACUUGAUGGUGAACGCCCUACCAAUGGCCGAGGAUCUUCGGCUCAACGCGAAGUUGGCAAAGAUGGCGGAAGUGGAACCCACGGAACACCUUACGCUGCUUCAUUUGUGCUUCCAUUGACUGCCUUUGAUCCGGCCUUACUCCAUCCCGUCAGUCUAGCCUUCCUUUACGAGUAUCGAGAGCCCACAUUCGGGAUUUUGUACUCCCAGGUGGCCACUUCGAAUGCGUUGAUCAAUGAGCGCAAGGAUGCGAUGUUCUACGCCGUCUUCACACUAGAUCUGGAACAAAGGGCAUCAACGACGCUCCUCUCUGUCUCAAAGUUACCCAGCGAUCUUUUCAAAGUGGUUGCACUCCCACCUCCAGUGGGUGGCGCACUCUUGGUUGGCACCAACGAGAUUGUCCAUGUUGAUCAAGCUGGUAAAACGAAUGCGAUAUGGGUCAACGAGUUCUCACGGCAGAUGUCCUCGUUCUCGAUGAGCGAUCAAUCCGAUUUAUCAUUCCGACUAGAGAAUUGCGUUGUGGAGCGUCUUGGUGGUGAUAGCAGUGAUCUUCUGCUCGCCCUAAGUUCCGGGGAUAUGGCUUUGAUACGAUUCAAGCUCGAUGGCCGAUCAGUGUCUGGAAUGAAAAUUCACCCAUUGCCUCGGCAAGUUGGAGACGGUCUCUUGAAGUCAACAGCCUCGUGCUCGACAUGUUUCGAGGAUGGUAAUGUCUUUAUUGGCAGUGAAGAUGCAGACUCUGUACUUCUAGGAUGGUCCCGCUCUUCCGCAUCAUCCAAGAAGAAGCAGGCUCCCAGUGGCGAAGAUAGUUUGUCGGAUGACGAUCUGAUGGAUGACGAUGAUGUGUAUGAUGAUGAUCUCUACUCGACAGCACCGGAUCCACGAGGAACGUCUGGGAAUCCUACGGCCGAGUUCUAUCAUUUCCGUCUGAAUGAUCAAUUAUCAUCCAUCGGGCCCUUGCGAGAUCUGACCCUGGGAAAGCCUGCCAAGCUGCUUCGAAAGGAGGAGGAUUCGGAUGUAGAUGGAGUUCUGGCGGACCUGGAACUUGUUGGAUCGUCGGGUUCGGGGAGAGCUGGUGCCUUGGUCUUGAUCAAGAGGGAGUGUGACCCUUCUGUCGUUCUAAACACCAAAAUUGAUGGUGCAGUGGGCGUGUGGUCGGCCACCGUUCGUCAAAGUAAGAAAAGUGGUCAACAAAAUCCUGGUGAAUCCCGUGAUGCAUCGUCUCGCCAUUACGUGAUUGUCUCGAAACCCACCGCAGAGAACCGGGAAAUCUCCGAGAUCUUGGAAGUAGACGGCAAAGCAUUGAAUCCAUUCAAGGCGCCCGAAUACAACCCGAACGAAGACGUUACGAUUGACGUCGGUUCCCUUGCUGACAGCACGCGUGUUGUUCAAGUUUUGCAGAACGAAGUUCGAAGCUAUGACAUUGAGCUUGGACUUUCUCAGAUUUACCCAAUAUGGGACGAAGAUACCGAGGAGGAGAAGAUCGCAAUCUCGGCAAGCUUCUCUGACCCAUAUCUCGCGAUCGUGCGCGAUGAUUCCACUCUUGUACUCCUCCAGGCGGAUACCAGCGGCGAUCUUGAUGAAGUGUCUCUUCCUGACGGACUCUCCGGCUCUAACUGGCGGUCCGCCAGACUUUAUCACGAUGAAGACCAGGUUUUCAGUUCCUCUAGCACAAAAAGGAAUGCCGCCUCAUCUAACAAGAAUCUUUUGUUCCUUUUGAGCGCUGAUUUCAAGCUCUCUAUUGUCCGCCUUGCGGAUAUGAAAUUGCUCAGUAUCAUUGACGGUCUGGAUUGCUUGCAGCCGGUGCUUUCUUCUGACCCACCACGACGAAGCAACAACCGCGAGCCCUUGAAGGAAGCUCUCGUGGCUGACCUAGGUGAUCAGUGGAUCAGCUCGCCCUAUCUCAUCGUACGAACGGAAAAUGAUGAACUCAUCUAUUAUAAGCCCGUCGUUACCGCCAUUGGCGCUGAAGACGACUCACCGCGAAGCAUCCGUUUUCACAAGGAGUCCAGCCACAGUCUCGUGGACACGUCCGUGGCCGCAAGUUCGGCGGUUGCCAUGCAGCAUCAAUCAAGGCCACUUCGGGUCUUGUCGAACGUAUCUGGAUAUCGAACGGUAUUUUUGCCAGGCGCAGCAGCAGGAUUUGUGAUGCGAACAGCAGCCAGCUCUCCACACUUGGUGCGCCUGCGGGGCGAUUUCAUUCAGUGGCUGAGUGAGUUCCAUUCCGCUGCAUCAGACUGUGAGCGUGGAUUCAUCUACUCCGACCCCAAUGGUCAAAUUCGGGCCUGUCAAUUGCCGUCAGAGACUCAAUUUGACUACUCCUGGCCUCUGCGCAAAGUUUCGCUAGAUGAGCAGAUUGACCACCUGACCUAUUCAACAACAUCUGACACCUAUGUCGUGGGGACCAGUCACAAUGCCGAGUUUAAACUGCCCGACAAUGACGAGCUGCAUCCUGAAUGGCGCAAUGAGUCGAUUACCUUCUGUCCCCAGGUGCCGCAAAGCUCAGUGAAAGUGGUCAGUCCCAAGACGUGGACUGUCAUUGACGAAUACCCACUGGAAGCAGCUGAGCAUAUCACUGCUGUGAAGAACGUGAAUAUGGAAAUAUCCGAGAACACCCAUGAGCGCAAGGAUCUUAUUGUGGUGGGCACUGCCAUCGUCAAAGGCGAAGACAUCCCUGCCCGUGGGUGCAUCUAUGUGUUUGAUGUGAUCAAUGUGGUACCGGAUCCUGAGAGACCAGAGACAGGGCGCAAGCUCAAGCUCAUCGGCAAAGAGACAGUCAAGGGAGCCGUCACAGCGCUCUCUGGGAUUGGAGGACAGGGCUUCAUCAUUGUGGCGCAAGGGCCAAAAUGCAUGGUCCGCGGACUGAAAGAAGACGGCAGUCUUCUCCCCGUGGCGUUCAUGGACAUGUCAUGCUACGUUUCGGUCGCCAAGGAGCUCAAGGGUACUGGAAUGUGUCUAUUGGGCGAUGCAGUCAAAGGGAUAUGGUUUGCAGGCUACUCGGAAGAACCUUACAAGAUGAGCCUCUUCGGCAAAGACCCUGAAUAUCUCGAGGUUGCAUCCGCCGAGUUUCUUCCGGAUGGCAACAAGUUGUACAUUGUCGUUUCCGAUAGCGACUGUAACUUGCACGUCUUGCAAUACGACCCAGAAGACCCCAAAUCCUCCAACGGUGACCGUCUCUUACACCGCAGCAAAUUCUACACCGGCAACUUCGCGACCCAAAUGACCCUGCUCCCUCGCACCGCGGUCCCGAGCGAGCAACAACAGAAUCUCGACUCUUCUUCCUCCCCGGACGACAUGAUGAUUGACACCGACCAAGCCGCCCACGCCACGUAUCAUGUCCUGAUUGCAUCGCAGAACGGGUCUCUCGCACUCGUCACCAGCGUCUCCGAAGAAUCCUACCGCCGACUCUCCGCGCUCCAAUCCCAACUGACCAACACCAUCGAGCAUCCCUGCGGAUUGAACCCGCGAGCCUUCCGCGCCGUUGAAAGCGACGGAACCAGUGGUCGAGGUAUGAUAGAUGGGAACCUGUUGCGGCAGUGGUUGAGUCUCGGGAAGCAGCGUCAGGCGGAAAUCUCGGGACGAGUGGGAGCGACGGAGUGGGAGAUACGAGGAGAUUUGGAGAGUAUUGGGGGAGAUGGAUUGGGAUAUUUAUAG